AUGAAUCGACUGCUUUCAGACAUGGCCUUCCGUUAUGUACUGUUCAACCUACUAAUCGCAUUAUUUACUACUUCUUCAGUUGGAGCUCAUCAACCUAUACCGGAUGCAGCUCUGCAUACGAUACCCAAUUUGGUUGUUAGUUGCAGUUCCGAUUCGGACUGUGCCCCAGAUGAAUACUGCAAUAAAGUAUGCAGAUCCUUCACCGGUUGUGCUGUUGUUUGUGUGACAAAAAAGUCAAUUCCAAUUCAACAGAUGUUCGAAACAGCAAUUUUUAAACGCUUUUAUCUUACACAUCAUGUCGUACCCGUGGGUGUUGCUGAACCUCAUUGGUUGAAGAAUGAGAUGGCUGUCAUGGAAGCGCUCAAUAAUGAGUUGGCUGCAUCUGAAGACGAGAAAGACGGCUCUAGCGCAACACAACAGCUCGAAGACGAUUCCCUGCUUCCUGUAGUAUCUGAACUCAAGAAACCACUCUCAAUCACACAUGUCAAAGUAUCCGAGAGCGCAGUCUCUUCAGCACGCGCAGACCAUGUCGUUGAUGCUCACACGUCUAAAGAUGAAGAUAUAGAAGCGAGUGGACUUGACUUGGAAACUAGUUCUGGAGAGGUUAUAAGUGCUGCUGCAAAAGCCGAGGAGUCUUCCGCAGUUGAGGCUGAUACAGAAGCCAAUAUGGAGGAAGCAAGUGGCAAUGACCCGGAGGAUAUAACUGCCGAGACAGUUCCAUCUACGGUGAGCAUGGAGAAAUUGAUCACCGAUGUUGACGACAAUAAUAACGAAUCGGAGUCGAGUGAAUAUGUACUCAAAGAAGAUGUGAAUGAGAUUUCGAACGUGGAGCAGUCAACAACAGAGGCAUUAAGAAUCGAUACAGAUUCGAGUGAAUAUGAAACAGCCGAAGCGAGUGGUGAAUACCUCUCGGAAGGAGUACGUGACCAAAGUCGGUUGGGAGGCAUGAAAGAGGAAGCGAACGAGCCUCUGAACGGGCAAAACUCAGUGGUGACAAGCACUGAUAUCAAUGGUGAUAGCGAUUUAGAAGGGAGUGGGUACGGUCAGAAUGAACUAUCAGUGAAUGAGCAAUCGUACGCUAGAAACGAGGAGGCUGAACUCGAUUCAAACAUCGAAAGCGCUGAAGCAUCAGGAGAUGAACUUGACGGUUCGGAUCAAAAAGGCAAACCAGAGUUCAAAAUUGACACUGAGGAAGGAUCAGGAGGCCAUGGGCUCGUAGUAGUAGACCACUCGGUGGGAGCCAAAAUGGCCGUGGAAACCGAAGAAGCAUCAGGAGAUGAACUUGAUGGUUCGGAUCAAAUAGGCAAACCAGAGUUCAAAAUUGACACUGAAGAAGGAUCAGGAGGCCAUGGGCUCCUAGUAGUAGAUCGCUCGGUGGGAGCUAAAAUGGCCGUGGAAACCAAAGAAGCAUCAGGACAUGACUUCAAUGGUUCAGACACAUUACAAGUGAAACCUGCAAUGAAGGUUGAUGUUGACGAUGAGGUCUUAGAUGAGGGAUUCAUAACACUACCGAAAAAUGUGCUUGAAAUAAAGAAAACAGGAGAACCUUCGAGUAUCGUGCAGAAGUGGAAGGAGGAGUUUCAUGAAAACGUUAUUCCAUCCACUUCGAAUAUAACACUGGAAGAAAUACCGAUUUCGAAGCGGACUGUGCUACCCUCUUUCCGUAAAAAAUCAGAAUGUCCGCCUGCGCGGAUUUGCAAACGUGGCUGUGGAAUUUCAAUUGAUGAAAACGGUUGUCAAAGUUGUCAGUGCAUCUGGAAAUCAUCAUCAUGCAGCAAUGAAGAGCCAUGCAUCGAUCCGAAGCAGAUCUGUGAUUUUGGGAGAUGUCAGUGUAAGUUUGGAUACAUUCAAGAUAUGACAAGACCUGGCGAGUGUAAAGCAGAUCCAUCGUUCCCAGAAUACAGUGUUGUUUUGACUGAUAAAAACGUUCGCGAUGGUCAGGUCAAUAGCCGCAGAAUGUCACAAGCAUCGUCUCAAAUAGAAGAUACCAAGAAAAUCACGUUACCAGUUGACGAUAUACGCAAGAAACGUGAAUCCGGAGUCCACACUUCAACAAAACGAACACGAGGAGAAAGGAUAUAG